AUGCUUCAUCGGCUCCGAUCGGCGUUCAACGUCCAGAAGACUCUGUCACUGUGGCCGCUGAGAUCCCAAACUCAAUUCCAGCCAAGUUUCGAUCCCUUCAUUUAUACACAAGGACACUGGCUCGAUCGCGACCAGGCGCAGAGAGCAGCGCGUGUGUUGAAAUUUGACUUUGAUGCUCUGCUUGACACUGCAAUCAAAUGUAGCCCAGGAGCUUCGCGAGUGGUUCAGUGCGAGAAGAAAGAAGGUGGCUUCAACCGUGUCUUCAUGAUACAACUCGACAAUGACGCCACGGUCGUAGCACGCCUUCCCACGCACCUUGCUGGGCCUCCAAGUCUGACAGUGAGCUCGGAGAUUGCGACUUUACGAUACAUCAAGCAACGCACAAAUGUACCAGUACCAAACGUGUUGACUUGGAGCUCCGACCGGCACAACAACGUUGGUGUCGAGUACAUGAUUCAGGAAGCAGCACACGGAGUCCUACUCAAAGAUGUUUGGAACUCAAUGUCUGCAGAACAACGACUUGCCUGCAUCCAGUCUAUUGGACUUCAUUGUCGGGAGCUGUCUUUACUGCAGUUCCCAAUGCUUGGUGCACUUUACCUCACUUCCUCCGCACCCGUGAACGCGGUCAAAUUUGACGACGAUUUCUCUAUCGGCCCUCUCACAGCUUCAUACCAUUGGGGACAUGGGCUCGAAAGCGCCAACCGCUCGGCUCCACCGGGAGGCCUGCAAGGCCCAUGGCACGAUUUGACAAGUUACUUUGGGGAUCUUAUCGCCCGCUCGAGGGCCAGUAUGAGCACUACAGACGCCCAGAAGAGCUCUAGACACGCUGGACUGCUUGAUGCGCUGGAGGGCACCCUAUCACGUCUCGCCAGGACCGAUGCAGUCAGGGAUGCCAGUGGAGGGACCUUGUUCCAUCCCGACCUGCACACUCGCAACAUCUUCGUCGAUCCCACAGACCACACGAAAGUGACGAGCAUAAUCGACUGGCAGUCCGCAGCAAUUGAACCGGCCUUUGUUUUCGCAUCAGUGGAUCCCGACUUCGCUGAAGAGCUAUCAAACGACGAAGACGCCAAGGAUGCAUCAGAAGAAGAACGUGCUGCGAAUGCAAAAUUUCGGACAACCGUCGAGGUUUGUGUGAAGAUGUGGGCUGUGACACAGCAGUUCAUGAAGAAAGUUCGACCUGCCUCAAAAUUACAUCCCACACUGCUCAGAGUGCUUGCCUCCCCAAGUCAAGGAUGGACAGACAAGAUCGAGGCUAUGACUUGGUUACUCAACGAUCUUUCGGAGAGGUGGGAUGAACUUGAACUGCCAGGUGAGAGUAUCUACAAAAAAGAUCAGACUGGUGAGGUGGCAGAGCUCUUGGACGAGACAGAAGCGAAUCAUCGACUGACGGAGCAUUUGACACGACUGUUACACUGCGAUAACAACGGAUGGGUCGCUGAGGAUCGGUGGAACGAGGUCCUCUCGAGAUAUCGGCUGGAAUACAGUCGCUUUGUGGAAUCCGUUGUGGAGAGCGAGGAGUGUAAGACGAAGGAAGAUGAGGUGAAGGCUAUCGAGAAAGCUAAUCGCUUGUGGCCUUACGACCAACGAUAG